AGUAACGAUUGCAGAGAAAAACACAGUGAAUAUGCAACGUUUCCUGGUGUGGAAGUCAUAAUGAUAUUUUGUAUGAGGAGGACUUGCAUGUGAUUGAUACGCCGGCAUUUCGUUCUCACAAAAACGCCAAUAGACAUUAAAUUAUUCUCUUGACUUCAUGCAUAGACGAAGCAGGUUUUAGGUGGUCCUUCAUCGUAUAAUUAUCCGGCACCAUUAUGGCAGAGGCAGAGAAAAGACAACUUCUUCCAUCAGCCGGUGACACUGUGGAGAAGUCUCAGUCACUCAAUGACGACGGGGAUCGGGAAGAGAACCUUCCCAUCACCCCAAAGACAGAGCAUCACUUUAAUAUCAGAGGAGGUCGCUCAUUUACAAUAAAAGCCACCAAGCUGAACGUCAUCCUCACCAUCUUAACUAUCCUCUUCAACUUGUCCAUGGUGAUCUCCCUGCCACUCUUGAACAACACGGUGGACAAAUACAACGAUGCCUACCCGGUCAUCCUCUACACAGCAGUCUGGUUCCAACCCUUCUUCUUCGGACUCGUGUACAUCAACAAGUACAUCAAUCCUCUUGCCCUCACUACGUCAUCAGUCUCGCAUAAACUCAUGGCUCUUGUGGGUUUUUUGAACGCAGCCAACGGGAUUCUUGUGGUGUAUGCCAGCGACCCAAGUAGAACGUCCGGGGCACUGCAGGCUCUCCUCUCCACGUCAAGCAUCCCAUUUACGGUGGUAUUUCGGUACAUCAUCUUACGGAAAGGAGUGGGCAGGGCCCGGCUGGUCUGUACCGGCAUUGUCUUGAUCGGUCUCUUCAUAGCUUUAGAACCGGAGAUAUUCAAUAUUGGUCAGAGUAACACACCGCAGCCUGGGGCAGUUACGGGCAUCAUGGCUGCCCUUUGGCCGGUCAUCUUCUUACUGGGCUUCCUCCCGCUGGGCAUCCUCAAUGUACUGAUCGAGAGGGAACUCAAAAAGGGACAGACCGAGUCUCUUGUGUUUCUGGCUUGGGUACAGCUUUACAAUACUAUGUUCAUUAUUCUGGCCUUUUGGACAGACUUUAUUCCAAAGUUUGGCGCUGCAAAUUCUAUACAGGAGUUCGGAAGGAACAUGUUGUACGCGCUCAAGUGCAUGUACUUUGCCGACCCUGAAUGCAUCAACGCAGUGCCAGCGUACAUCGUCUUCAUCUUCGCCUACUGCCUAGCCAACCUCAUGGUCUUUCUUCUGGUCAAGUACGCUGAGGGCGCUAUUUGGCUGGUCAUUGUUCAGGCCCUAGUCACGCCCCUCGGGAGUCUGUUCUUCACCCUGUUCAGUGUGGCUCCUCUACCCGGAGAGGAACAUGGAAAGUUCCACUGGGCCCCGGACUUCAACUUAUCAGUAGCUUUCAGGGUUGUCGGUUUAGCGAUUCUAGUUCCCGCUGUUGUGUUUUAUAACUAUUUCGGUGAAAUGGAGAGGAAAAAACUAAUGAAAAAAUAUGACAGUUCUUUGUAAAACUAAAAACCACCCCAAAACAACACUAGAAACUAAGUUUUGUUAAUUUACAAAAUCAAGGUGUUCAUGAGUGGUGUAAUGAAAUGGUAAUCGAAUGGCAUGGUGAUGACAUUUUACCCUUCAACUUGAAAUUAUGGCCUUUGAAAAGUUUCUCAUAAAAUGUUUACCUUCCUGUUUGAACCGGAAGACAGUGCUAAAUUUGAAUGACAUCAAGUUCAAUUUUUAAAAGUCACCUACAUAUAAUGUAUAGGUUGUACACAAAUAUUGAGAGUUUUAAAAUGAAUUUUUCAAAAAGGCUUAUUACACUUCAGCUUUGAACAGGUAGUCAAGGUCAAAGGAGUCAUACUCCGUGAAGCGUUUGUUAAGUUUUAAAGAGGUUGCAUAGAUUGUAAUAAAACCCAUUGAAGUUAAGAUCUUCACAAAUAAAUAUGUUUCACAAAAAGUCGGGGUGAAAUGGGUCACUAUCUUUGUUAAGUUUCUUUGUAAAAGAAAUUGUUGGUGAUAUUUGUACAGAUGCAAAAAUCCAAUGAGUAGUUCAGGAGAAAUUAGUUUUGUUCAAAACUAAUAUUAAACUCCAUCUUCUGGUUUGAACAGCCAAUGUAUAUACGGUUCAGUAGAUAAAACAAA